UCCUGUUCUUUUUUUUUCUUCUUCCGGUCCUCGAGGACGACGUGCCCGGCCGGUGUUCCCCUCCAUCAGUGGUCGUGGAAGGAGGCAGUAGACAUGGCGAUGUUUGAGCAGAUGAGAGCGAACGUGGGCAAGUUGCUCAAGGGUAUCGACAGGUAUAAUCCUGAGAACCUGGCCACCCUGGAGCGCUACGUGGAGACACAGGCCAAGGAGAAUGCUUAUGAUCUGGAAGCUAACCUGGCCGUCCUGAAGUUGUACCAGUUCAACCCAGCCUUCUUUCAGACCACAGUCACCGCCCAGAUCCUGCUGAAGGCCCUCACCAACCUGCCCCACACCGACUUCACCCUGUGCAAGUGCAUGAUCGACCAGGCGCAUCAAGAAGAGCGGCCUAUUCGUCAGAUUCUGUACCUUGGGGACCUGCUGGAGACCUGUCACUUCCAGGCCUUCUGGCAAGCCCUGGAUGAAAACAUGGACCUCUCAGAAGGUAUAACUGGCUUUGAAGACUCGGUCCGAAAAUUUAUCUGCCAUGUCGUGGGCAUCACGUACCAGCACAUAGACCGCUGGCUGCUGGCCGAGAUGCUCGGGGAUCUGCCAGACAGCCAGCUGAAGCUGUGGAUGAGCAAAUACGGCUGGAGUGCGGACGAGUCGGGGCAGAUCUUCAUCUGCAGCCAGGAGGAGAGCAUCAAGCCCAAGAACAUUGUGGAGAAGAUCGACUUUGACAGUGUGUCCAGCAUCAUGGCCUCCUCCCAGUAACUGCAGCAGACCUUUAAUAAAGACUUGUUGGCUCAGG